ACUGUCAUUACGGAGAUCUCAGAAAAAAAUCCGUUCUGUGCUCAUAAGGAUAACAAAGUGACGCACAGAAAAGUUUAAAGAGCAGACUGGAAGAGAGAGAGAGAGAGAGAUUUUCAUCUCAUUGUCGUUGCAGUCUCUACCGGAACGCAUUCGUUCGCUGCCGUAGAAUGAUGUCGAGCAGCAAAACAACUCUUGCUUUCCUCAUCUACGGGCUCCUCGUACAAUGCAACGUGUUGAGUUACCCCAACAUCAGAACUGCAGGAUUUGACGAGGAGGGAAACUCAUUAACGGAUCUAACCUUUGACACUGACCAGAUCUCUCUCCGAAGCUCUCCUUCAGUUACUGAAGACGCAUACACGUUUUACAGUCCUCCAUCGAAAAGAAUGGAAAGGCACGCUGACGGGAUGUUUAACAAAGCCUACAGGAAAGCGCUCGGUCAGUUAUCAGCGAGGAAAUACCUGCAUACACUGAUGGCAAAACGCGUGGGGGGAGCAAGCAUGAUAGAGGACGACAAUGAGCCGCUCUCAAAGCGCCACUCGGACGGGGUUUUCACGGACAGCUACAGUCACUACCGGAAGCAAAUGGCCGUAAAGAAGUAUCUGGCCGCAGUCCUUGGCAAAAGCCCUGAAGACUUAGAUUUGCACCAAUUUCUACAAGACGAUGAGAUUGUGGCAUUUUUGUUCGAUUUGCUGACAGUUGCCUCCUGAAUUCCCGGCUUUGUGACACAGGAGGCAGCUAGCGGCUUGGGUGCCUUUGCUUCAUCUUUAAAAUGGCCACCAAUUUCAGAUGGCACAUUAGUGGCCCUCCAAAUGCUGCAAUCACCUGCUCACACAUCUCCUAUUUCUCACAUAACAUACCUUGUUCAAAUGCCACCUGGCUUUCUGGUUAUUCGAUUUAACUUCUCUAUGCAUAGUGUGCUGUAGCAUUUAUUAAACAAUCUCAGCCUUGAAAUUCAUUUUGUGUGCAGAGACUGAUAUUGCCCAAAGCCUUACUUAAACAUUAAGAUAAAUCUCUGUCUUGUGUUGAUCGUUAGUACAAUAACACAUGG